AUAUAAGGACCCAUUCCGAUGCAUUAUAUGCACACCAACUCUUUGAGCCUUUCCUUCCUUCAUGUAAAUCCUUAUGCAUUUUUUUUAAUUUGGUUACAGUCGUUAAAUAACGCACUGAUCCCAUACAUUGAGAUAUGAUACAUCCUAGAGACCCCUAACUCAUGUAUUUACUUGCCAUCUAGAUUACCAAGUUUUGAGAAAUAUUAAUAAUACUUCAUGGAACUUGAUUGCAAUCUUGUUAUGGUCUGGUUUGCUUCCUAUCAUGAUGCUCAAGAGAAUAGACGACUUCUGUCGUUCCAACUUCUAUUGUAGCGCUAUAGACAGCCUUGCUUUCUUUGCAUUUUCCAGUGGAUCGUAUAAUUUAUUAUGCUCCAGAUUAAGCAAAGCUUGCAGCUAACGUUGUUCUUCCCUUAUUGUCUUUGCGACAGAACUUUCCUGGCAGCUUGGAGCACUUGAGAAAAUUCAUAACUUGUUGUAGGAGCAUCUGAAUCUUAAACGGUUAGACUCGCGGAUUCUCGACAUAUCCAAAAUUCACGAUCAGAUAGCUCAUAGAUUUGUUCAGGCAAUUUUUUCUAAAUCAGAUUCUGAAUUCGAAUGCGCUGAUGGUUUCAGAUUCACGCGUCGUCACGAGAAACUAUAUAACUUUUUGUAGGAAUACCAAAAUCACGAACAGUUUGCGGCGCUAAAAAGUAGACUCACAGAGCUUCGACAUAUCUGAAAAUCACGAUUAUACAGCGUAUACAACCUUGACUUUCGGCAAUCAAGAUGCAAUUUCGUGACCAUAAUAAUCCGCACCCUCAUCUUGAAAUCACGAGCGACGAGCAAAAUUUGUCCGAUAAAGUUCUCACCUUGGAAGUUCAUCCUCCAGUGAUCGGUUCCUUCCCUCUUGUUAGAAAGCUGCCUGCCGCAUCUCUUCAUCUUACAGAAUGGUGGACAAGGGAGGCCAAAGAUGUUAUGGGCGACAUUUCGGGCAAGGUCACUAACAUGAAGGUCCCUAUUUUGAAGUCCGCAACUCAUCGGGAAGUCACGCCGUCCGAAUUUUCUCAUCGUGAUAUAUGCUUCCAUACUUGGAAUGUUCCCCCUUCUGGAUUUGGCAAGGUUCGCUACACACCCGGCUACUAGGAGUGGGUAGAAGAUGUGCUCUCGCGCCACAAAGAUUUUCUAGAAUAUACAAAGGUCUACGAUGCCAUAUACGCUUCAUUGUUUAUGUACGACUAUAACGACAACGUGCUUCAGGCCUUUUGUGAGCUUUGGCGUCCUUCCACCAACACACUUGCUACCUUCAUUGGAGAACUAUCCAUAUCGUUAUGGGACCUGCAAACCAUUAUGGGACCUGCAAACCAUUGCUAUCUUCAGGAAUUAUAUGGUAAUGAACAUGGAGAUGACAUUAUUAAGGGUUUCUUUACAAAUAUUGAUGAUCUUGGUAUGACCGCAAAGAGCUCCCACAACUCGCCUAAUGGUUCUAAGGAUCAUGUUAUGGGUGGAGCCUCUUCGAUGGAGCUAAUUCCACGUAGAAAGCCAUAUUCUUCUUCUUCAAGUCAUAGAAAACUUAUCCAACUAGCUGUAACGAGUAAAGUUAUGGCUGCUACAACUGAAGUCAUGCACCCAAAAUCGUUCAGGCCUUCCUCAUGGCCGUUGCAGCCUGGUGCUUCAAGGAAUGAGCCGCAUGGGACUAUUUGUUGUGCCAAACCAACUUUUGUUUUUGUGAUGUGGCAUGGAUUGUGCGAGUGGAUCAAAGAAUUCUCUGUAGAUUCCACGGACAGCUUUAUAAAGUUGGAAAAAAGUAUCAGUUUGACUCUUACGGAAAUACGAAGAGGGAAUAUCAUUGAUAUUUCUACUUUGGAGGUUCUUGUUGAAGCUUUAUUUAGGACUUAUGUAGAGUAUGGUGCUUUAAGAUCGUCCAAGAUGAGUAAAGAAUUACACCAAGAGUCACUUUCUAAUGCACAACAAUGCCUCGAUGAUACGAAGCUGGAAUAUGGGAAGGCAAAUGAGUCCGCUAAAAAACUUCAAGUGGCUCUUGCGAAUGUCGAGACACAAUUAGCAUCCCUGACCUCUAAAAAGAAGAAGAUCAUCAUGUUCCCGGAUAAACAUCAAGAGAAGCUGUCCAAAAGUCAAAAGGAAAUCACCGUUACCGAGGGCGAGAUUUAUACCAUUGAGGUGAAUAUCCCGUUAUCGGAUGAUGAAGCAGAGAAAUUGUCCCUCCUGAAAGUUGCAGUUAAAAUGAGUCUCCAGCAAUUCCUUAGCUUCAAACCUUUUCCAUUAGCUUUAGAUUUUUCAUUUUUUUCACUUAGGAUAUUGGCGUUACAUAGACUAUGCAGAAGUCUGAAGUGUAUUUACUUGUAUUAGGCUUAGCAGCCCACACUCCGCUGGGUCGGCCCACAUAUUAGCAUUAGUUCUUUACACUUUUACCCUUGUAUAUAAAAUAUAUA